AUGGAGGAAGAAGCGAAGAAUAAGAAAGAAAAGAAGGCGCCAAGUGUUUCAAAAUACCAUAAUAUCAAAAAAAUUGAAAAAAGUACGGUAACAUCGGAUGAAGAUGCGAAUGAGGCGAAUCGAAGGGCGAAGCCGAAAGAGGACAGCAAAAGAAAAGCGGGAAAUGGCCAGAACAAAAACAGUGGCAGAACAAUAAUGCAAGGAAAUUCGAAGACAAAUCGAAAAGGAAAAUUGUCGAAUCGGAAAAUCAAACCGGGAUUGAGAAAAUCGAAUGAGGCCGUGAUUAAAUCAUUUUAUAUCAAGAAGGCCAAAUCAAAAGUGAGAGCGAGAAAAGUGUAAGGUUUAUCUGGGUUAUAUGAAGUUUAACGCAAAGAAUGAGCAUUUCUACAAAAAUGGUUAUUCUGAUACUAUUCAGAACUCUUACAAUUAAGCUCUUAUUCCAAAAUUUAUCCUGAUAUUUCAGGAUUACCGAAGACACAAAGCAAUUAGAUGUUCCCGAUGAAUACGAUGUUGAAAAAGAUCCAAAUGAUGCAACAUUAGCUGUCAUCAACAACGAAAAUAAUGGAAAUUUGUUCAUCAAAGGUGUUCCAUUUUGGGCUUUGAAAGAUGAAAAACCACCAAUUAACACCACUUAUCCAAUAUCAGAAUCAUUGAAAGCUUUGAUCGAAAAACGCAUCACACUUAUCAAGGAAACUCCGGAACCGUAAGUUUUUUAGAGACACAACAAUAAAUAAUAAAUAAUGAGAAUUUUAAGGAUUAAUCUAGAUAGAUUCAACGACCUCAUUAUUAUGACAUCACGCGAUGAUGAACAUUUCAAGCCAUCAGAUCGAAUUUUGUCGAAUACAAUUCGAUCUCUGGCUUUGGCGGAUGUUAACAAACAAAAAAUGGUUUCGGAACGUCGAACAGUGAGUGUAGCUCAGCCACCAAUCAGUGUUGCUCAACCAAUUCACUGUUUGUCUGUUCAAAAUCCAGAAUUUAUUCAUGUGUAUAACCGGCGAAAUCGAUUUCAACCCAUUCGAACUAAUCACUUCACACCUGGUGCAUUGGCAAAGAAAAAACGAGGAAUAUUGGCUCACUUAUUAGAUAAUUUCUAUUAG